AAACAAAUAUGACAUAUUUAUGUAGAUGUACGUCAUGUAUUUUGAGAUACACAAUUUUCAUGUGUGUAAAAUAUCUUUUCUAGACAUAAACACAUUUGAUACAGCUCAGCGUUAUGAAUGCAUAAUAAUUUAAAAUAUAUAUUUAUCAACACCAGACUCUUCCUUUCACCGUUAUAUGAUAAAAGUUGUAAUAAUCAGUUUAAUAAAUGCAUCAAAAACUAAUUAAAACUUCAACAUAAACUCAUCUCAGCCUGCCUCUGCUCAGAAAUGUGCAGGAAGCUCCAAGAGUCUGCAUUUACAGGACGAGUGGUUUUAUUUUAGCUGCUUCCAUGACUCACAAAAAAAUCAUUUCUGGCCCAGAAGGACGAAAAUCAGCCAAAGUCCCAAAACCCAAAGUCCUGCUUGAAGUCCUUCAGGUUUUGAAAGGCCACGUUUACUCAUUAAAAGCUGCUCGGAGCUGAGUUUGGACUCAUUGUGUAAUUGGCAUAAUUAGUUGGCCUUUGCAGCCUCUGGACGUCAACAUCUCUGGUCUUGGUCUUGGUUCUGUCUCUGGUCCGGCAGGGCUCGGUGCAGUUGCGCGGUGCUGCCGGCAGGGGUCGUGGUUCUGCGGCCUCCUUCUCUCUCUACGGUGUCUGUGGUGGGACAAGCUGUGAUUUACUCCACUACUCAUUUAUUCAUCUUUUUAUUCCGGUCCCUGGUUUGUAGUUGGGUCGGUUCUGGUGUUGGAGGUUCGCAGACUUUCAGCAGGAGAAUAAUUCUGGCUGUGAUGUGAACUAACGGGAGCUUGUGUCCGAGGCAGCGUCGCCACUUUGGACUUUUUUUUUCUGGGAACGACUCCGUCCAUCCGCAGAAUGAGGCGCAGCGCUCCGCCGCAGGAUGUUCCGGCGACACUAGCUGCCUCCUGAAGCCGUCUCUGCUGUCGGGUCCUGCGGCAGCUCCUGCGCGCUGUGGGGGCUUCGGUGGAGCGAAGGUCCGGCUGGAAGUGUGGUUUCCUGCAGCCGCGGAACAGGAGGUGAAGAUGGAGAACCUGCUGGAGCAGCUGCUGCAGAAGGACCUGGGCAGGAGGCUCCAGGCGGGUCCGGAGGUCCUGGAGCUCCUGCUAGACGAGGAGAAGUGUCCCGACCUGGAGCAGGACCAGACGGCGCUGGACCGGGUGGUGGACGCCGUGGCCAGCUCCUGGGUCAACUCCAGCAACUUCAAGGUGGUUCUGCUGGGGAUGGAUGUUCUGUCAGCGCUGGUCAGCAGACUGCAGGACAGGUUCAGGACGCAGGUCGGAACCGGUGAGCAGCUCCACUUUGUUUCUGCAUCCACGGAACAAACGUUUAAACUGCUUCACACGGUUGUUUUACUCAAAGAAAAGCAGGAAGUCUUCCUCUUUCAGAACAGAAUAAUCCAUCUUAUGUCGACUAUCACAGUAACUGGCAGCUACAGUCGGUUUGAUCGGUUUGGAUCUCAGAGUCUGACGCUCAGUAAAAUUGUUCCUCACAUCUGUAACCUCCUCGGAGAUCCAACCAGUCAGGUGCGUGACGGAGCCAUGAGCUGCCUGGUGGAGAUCUACCGCCACGUUGGGGAGCGAGUGCGAAUGGACCUGGGAAAGAAGGGCCUGCCGCAGUCACGGCUCAACGUGAUCUUCAGUAAAUUCGAUGAAGUCCAGAGGUCGGGGAACAUGGUCCUGUCACCUGUGUCAGACAAAAACUUCGAGGACGAUGACUCGGCGGACGGCGGUCGCUCCUCGUCCUCGUCCAAAGGCGCCUCGCUGUCCGGGAGGAAGGCGGUGAGCAUGGGUUCGUUUCGACGCCCCGCCGCCUCAGCCUCCAGCGCCAAGUCUGCAGGGAGGGAUGGGUCUGGAGCUGGAGCUGUGGACGAGGAGGACUUCAUCCAGGCCUUUGAAGAUGUUCCCACAGUGCAGAUCUACUCCAACAGGGAGGUGGAGGAAGCCAUGGCGAAGAUUCGAGACGUCCUGUCCGACGACAAGCGGGACUGGGAGCUCCGAGUGGCAGCCCUGAAGAAGGUGCGCUCGCUGCUGAUCGCCGGCGCCGCAGAGUUCGAUGGCUUCCUGCAGCAGCUGCGACUCAUGGAGGCGUCAUUCAAACUGUCUGCCAAGGACCUGCGGUCUCAGGUGGUGAGAGAAGCCUGCAUCACUCUGGGCCACCUGUCCUCGCUGCUCGGCGGCCGGUUCGACCACGCGGCCGAGGCCAUCAUGCCGACCCUCCUCAACCUGGUCCCCAACAGUGCCAAAGUCAUGGCCACAUCCGGAGUGGCCGCCAUCCGCCUCAUCCUGCGACACACGCACUACCCACGCCUCAUCCCCAUCAUCACCAGCAACUGUACCUCCAAAUCUGUGGCUGUCCGAAGGCGCUGCUUCGAGUUCCUGGACCUGCUGCUGCAUGAAUGGCAGACGAGCUCUCUGGAGAGACACGGAGCAGUUUUAAUGGAAACCAUCAAGAAAGGGAUCCACGACGCCGACGCCGAGGCUCGAUCCGUGGCCAGAAAGUGUUACUGGGGUUUCCACGGUCACUUCAGCCGGGAGGCGGAGCUUCUGUUCCAGGGCCUGGAGUCGUCCUAUCAGAAGGCUCUGCAGGCUCACCUGAGGAGCGGCGACAGUCUGAUGUCACUUCCUGCCUCCGAUCGCUCCUCCUCCUCGUCUCAGGAGAGCCUCAAUCGACCGCUGACGGUGAAAAGCACCGCAGGAAGCAGCAGAUCCAAAGCCCUCCACUCCUCCCGGACGCCGGCGGCCUCGUCUCCCGGUUCGCUGCAGCGUUCUCGCAGCGACGUGGACGUGAAUGCCGCCGCCACCGCCACCGCCAGGACCAGGAUGCCCGCCGUGCACGUCGCCACCGCGCAUACUUCACCUUUCAGCUCAGCUCCUUUUCUGUCUCCUUUCUUGGUUUCUGCCUCUUCAGGUCGAGUCCGAACCCGGAGGACGAGUGCAGGAAGCGGUCCGUCGGACAGUCGCGGCCGCAGCCGAGGAAAAGUCGUGUCUCAGUCUCAACGUGAGCAGUGAAAUGUUUCUUCCUGCGUUUCAGCCGGCAGUCGGUCCGGUUCUCCGGGUCGACUGCUGAGCUCCACCUACGGCCGGAUCCCCAGACCGACCAUGGGAACCGCCGCCGCCGCCGCCGCCAGCAGCAGCCUGUCCGACAAGAGCCGACCUCGGGGUCACCGUAGCCAGGGCUGCAGCCGGGAGACCAGCCCCACCAGAUCAGGCACCGACCGGCUGUCCCAUCAGGCUCGGAUCUCGGCCUCCGUCAACGCCAUGAAGAUCCUGAACACCGGCACCGAGGUCGAGGCCGCCGUCGCUGACGCUCUGCUCUUAGGAGACUCCAGGAGUAAGCGGCGGCCGGCCCGGCGGCGGUUCGAGUCUCCGGGGAUGUACUCGGACGACGACGCCAACAGCGACGCCUCCAGCGCCUGCUCGGAGCGCUCCUACAGCUCCCGCAACGGAGGCAUGGCGCCGCAUUUCCUGCGCCAGACGGAGGACGUGGCCGAGGUGCUGAACCACUGCGCCAGCGCCAACUGGUCCGAGAGGAAGGAGGGUCUGCUGGGUCUGCAGAACCUGCUCCGGAGCCAGAGGACGCUCAGCCGCGUGGAGCUGAAGAGGCUCUGCGAGAUCUUCACCAGGAUGUUUGCAGACCCUCACAGCAAGAGAGUGUUCAGCAUGUUCCUGGAGACGCUGGUGGACUUCAUCGUGCUGCACAGAGACGACCUGCAGGACUGGAUCUUCGUCCUGCUCACCCAGCUGCUGAAGAAGAUGGGCGCCGACCUGCUGGGCUCGGUCCAGGCUAAGGUCCAGAAGGCCCUGGACGUCACCAGAGAGUCGUUCCCGUACGAGCAGCAGUUCAACAUCCUGAUGCGCUUCAUCGUGGACCAGACGCAGACGCCCAACCUCAAGGUCAAGGUGGCCAUCCUGCGCUACAUCGAGGCUCUUGCCCGCCUCAUGGACCCGGCCGACUUCGUCAACUCCAGCGAGACCCGCCUGGCCGUCUCCCGCAUCAUCACCUGGACCACCGAGCCCAAGAGCUCCGACGUCCGCAAGGCGGCCCAGGUGGUUCUGAUCGCCCUGUUCGAGCUGAACACGCCAGAGUUCACGAUGCUGCUCGGCGCGUUGCCCAAAACCUUCCAGGACGGAACCACCAAGCUGCUGCACAACCACCUGAGGAACAGCAGCGUCGCCAUGGCGUCUCCCAGCAGCUCGGCCGGCCGGACGCCUCCUCGGCAGCCCAGCAGUCGCAGCAGUCCGCUGACGUCGCCCACCAACUGCUCCCUGUCACCCAGCCUGCUGGAGUACGACAGCGAGAACCUGAACUCGGAGGAGAUCUACAGCUCGCUGAGAGGCGUCACCGAGGCCAUCCAGAACUUCAGCUUCCGCAGCCAAGAAGACCUGAUGGAGCCGCUGAGACGGGACGGCAAGAGGGACGGCAUGCCGGGCGUUGGGGCCUCCUCGGACGCCGACCCUCGCGGUGAGGCGGUGGAAGGCGGCCGGACGGCUCUGGACAACAAGACGUCGCUGCUCAACACUCCGUCACCGCGAUCCUUCGCCGGGCCGCGGUUCAGAGAGUACAACCCGUACAACUACAGCGACAGCGUGGACAAGGCCGCCCUGAAGGAGGCGCUGUACGAGGACGCCGUGGAGCGGGACGGCCGCCGACAAGAAUGUGUGGAAAACAAGAUCCUGAACCCCAAAAGCUUCCCGAGUAAGAAAACCACUGAGUUCAUCUCUGCUCUCAAAAGUAUACUCCAAACGUUUGAAACACUCGAGACUGUCACAAGUGACUCGAGACUGGACUUAAAAUAUGAUUCUAAAUGUGUGUUUCCUCAGCACACCAUCCGAGCUCUGGCCCUGCGAGUCCUGAAGGAGAUCCUGAGGAACCAGCCGGCCCGCUUCAAGAACUACGCCGAGCUCACCAUCAUGAAGACGCUGGAGGCCCACAAGGACUCGCACAAGGAGGUGGUCCGGGCGGCCGAGGAGGCGGCGUCCACGCUGGCCGGCUCCGCCCAUCCAGAGCAGUGCAUCAAGGUGCUGUGCCCCAUCGUGCAGACGGCCGACUACCCCAUCAACCUGGCCGCCAUCAAGAUGCAGACGAGGGCCAUCGAGCGCAUCGCCAAGGAGCCGCUGCACCAGCUGCUGCCCGACGUCAUCCCUGGACUCCUGCAGGGCUACGACAACACGGAGAGCAGCGUGAGGAAGGCCAGCGUCUUCUGCCUGGUGGCCAUCUACUCUGUGAUCGGGGAGGAGCUGAAGCCCUACCUGGCUCAGCUGACCGGCAGCAAGAUGAAGCUGCUCAACCUGUACAUCAAGCGGGCCCAGACCUCCACCAGCAACAGCAGCAGCUCCUCCGACAUCUCCUCCUACUAGCUCCUCCUCCACACCUUUCCAUUCCUUCAGCCGUCGCCGGUGGGAUCGUUCUCUGUGUUGGACCGGGCCUCGCGCCUCGACCAUCUCAUUCCUUCGGCCCCGACGAGGCUGAAGCCGUCUGGAGGAGCUUGUGCUGCUCGUUUCUGAAGGAGGUCCUGAGACGUGUCACAAAGAACCUCCUGCGUUAGAGUCAUGAGCCUUAAAACUUCCCUCCACGGACAUAAGCGUAGAAACCAUUUUUAAGGUCAUCUUGUGUCGCCGACUGAAUGUGAGGACGUCCUCGUGGAAGACUCGAGGCGGGUUUGGACCUGGAGAGGAGAGGUUCUGCGGCGCGUAGCUUCAGUGUUUUUAUCCGUUUGUAGUCCCUUUAACUGUCUGAACCGUGUUUUGCUUUGACACAUCAAACCGUAAACUGAAUGUAAAGGUCUCACCUGUGUUCCUGAACUACUGCCUCGUCCCGCCUGCUGGGUCGAUCCCGGACCGUUCUCCGGCUCUCCGACGACGCAUCUCGAAUCGUAUCGAGCGGUGAAAGAAGGCGGCGGCGGCGCUGUGGUCUUUAGAAAGGCCGAAGACGAUUAAGAAAAGAAGAUAAAAAACGCGUAGAAGAUUCUGCCGUCGGGAAAAUGUGAAGCUGAUUUGCGUUGACUGCGAUCGAUCAUUUGGCGGGCCAAUGAUUAGAGCACGACACAGAGACGUAUGUAUAUUAGAGCAGGUUCAUCGGAUCGGGCCAAGCAGCAGCAGCAGGCGUCAGCGCCGGCGUUUAAGAAGGAAAGAAGGACCGGAUACUCUGAUCAGAUGGAUUUCCGUUUAAAACAGCCUCAUUUGGUUUUUGUUCACGUUGACUGAAACUGUAGUUUGUCUCUUGUAAGAAAAACGACUGAACGAGGACGGUUUGUGGAGCUAACACCGAGCUAGCAGCUCUCUGCACGCAGCCGCUGGAGUGAUUCACGCCGUCAGACACACGGUCAUUAAAAAACAACACCUGCUGCAGGUAGAUGCAGUUUAGCAGCCGGUUAAGCUGAUGAAACUCAGUGUGACACUAAAGGUUUGUCAGAAGCGACUUCACGCUGCGUUACGUCCUGAUAAACUCUGUUUAGUUUUGUUUUUUAUUCUUUUCACACUGAAGACAAAGCUGUGAACUUUAAUCAGAACCGUCGUUGUAAAAAGACUCAAACUUGGUCUGAAAUCGUUAAAAGUUCGUUUGCAAUGACUCUGAAGAGUUUUUUAGUUUUUACAGAAUCUGAUUGUCUCAAAAAAAUCAAAGUUUUUAAUGUAAUCUGUCGAUGAAACGACGUGUUUUAGACGGUAAAUAACUUUAUGAACUGAUGCUGGUUUGUGAACAAUCAGUAAAACCUCUGCUGUUAUCACUUUGUGUGUUUUGGUCAUUGGAUAUUAAAAACCAAAUGAGUCGCUGUUUGAUUUUCAUUUUAAAAUUCAAGAAUUUAAAUUCCAGGCAUUUUUCUUCAUCAAGGUCAAGACGAGAUGAACAAAACUUUAAAACCUGCUUGAUUUUCUGUUUCUGUUUCUAAAAAAGAAAAAAAAGAAAAACACCCGUUUUUUUUAUAUUGUGCAACCGGAAGUUGUUGUUUUCAAAGUAAGAGCGUGACAGUCGAUGUGGUUUCUGUGGACCUUCCUCUGAUAGCACAGAGCAGGGUUAGCCGGUAGCUAGCGUUCCCUGAUCAGAUGUUUUUAGUUCUUCUGCAUCAUGUCCUCGUCCCUGAGACACUGUUUUAUUGUUUUAUCCACGUCCGCUAACUUCUGUUACACAACAACGUCCUCCACACGCUCUUACUUUGAAAGCGACAACUUCCGAUUGCACAAUAUGAAAAAAAAACUGUCUUCUUUUUUGGUUUUUUGAAACAGAAAGAGAAAUUCAAGCAGGUUUUAACGUUUUGUUCAUCUCGUCUUGACCCUGAUGAGGAAAAAUGCCUCAAAUUUAAAUGGACUUUUAAAGUGAAAAUCAAACAGCCGCUCAGUUUCCUCCUCUUCUGGACAGAAAAUCCAACGACCAGAACCUACACGGACCGUCGUUGAGGUUUAGGUGCAGAAACAAUCAGAAACACUCGAAGCUACGACCGACGUUCUCACUUCCAUGCUAAGUUUUAUUAGCGACACGUCGGCUAACGAUUCGCUGGAUUUCUACAUUUGACCUUUUUGCGUUUUUCAAUCCGAAUUUUUAAAAAAAGCCCAAAUCUGACUGUUGGAUGAUUUAACGGGCAGAAAAAGCUGCUUUUUAAAUGGAAAUCAGCUGAUAAGCGUCUGGUUUGGUGCGACUCGUAUAAAGUGGGUUGUUUUGUAGUGAGACGACCACCGGGCCUGUGGAUCUGAAGUCUGCUGUGGCGUGGACCCAACGGUGAGUUUCAUUCCAGAACACUGUCACCUGAAGGCCACUGAGGAGGUUUGGAUCAGCGCUUUGAAUGUGAGUCGCUUUGAGGCGUCCACCGUCGAAAUGUGAAGUCGUUCAGAUCCGUCGGAAGGUUUCGACAAUCUGAACGGUUCCAAGUGCCGGAGAGGAGGACUGUUUGGACAUUAGCAAUAAACCCUGAGGAGUCCCGCCCGGGUUCCGUCGCACUGUAAACUUCCAUCGUGUUUCCGAUAACUAAACGCUACUGCGGCUUAUGCUAACGCUAACAAACGCCUGGUAGCGCCGACGUAAAGUCGCCUGAAGUCUGAAACUCCUCCGGCUGGUUGGACCUCCCCGGUGCUGAACUCCGCCCGGCUGGCUCGCCGGGGCCGUCCAAUCAGACGCACCGGAGGAAGCUGAGGACAGUUUGGGAGGCGAAGUAUCCGGUUUGUUGUGACUCCAGUUAUGAAGCUACAGACUCGUUUUUACUCACAGAAGUGUCUCGAACUUCGUCUAGAAGCACCGCGACCUCGUCAAAACCAACGAAACGUCAAACAGAGUGACUCAGAGUUAAGGAUGCACGAUAGAUGGGCCACCACGCCGGUGUCGGUCCGGUGACUGUCCAACAUCAGCGUCUCUACAGAUGUUUUACCUGAAUGGUCCUGGACUUAAAUAUGUUUUACUUCUGUAGUAAAGAAGGCUGUGUGGUCUGAUCUGGUCUCCACGUUCUCACAGGACUUACUGAUGCUGAAUAUCGACAUCAGUGAUAUCAGAAAUGUUGACAUCGUGCAUCUCUGCUCAGAAUCGUCCAGAAGCUACAAACCGUUUGUCCACAAUGAUUCCAGAGUGGCUCAGGAGUUUCCCACAGUGCUCCGGAUGUGGCUUAAACCUCCAGAGGCACUCAGGCAGUUUGUUUCUUCUGCCGUCCUGCAGCUUCGUACUGCGACUCCGCCAACAGCCGGCUCCCUCCCACAGUGUUCUCUGGAGGCGGACAGCGAAGCUUCGUCGCCUCACCGUCUCUGUCGGGACGCGUUUAACGACUGAUUUAAUCCGACAGCGAGCUUUUACUUCCUGAUUUCGUGCCUUUGGCUACAAGCGGCGGCGCUAACGCGAGCUAACCCAACGGCCACGUGCAGCCUGUACAUACGCCCACCUCACCGCGCAUGAGUCCGUCUUAGUUGCUUCCCUGCUCCACCAUAUUUAUGCCCACCUCCCGCCUGCCACUGUACAUAUACUGACAUGUUUCUCUCACCUGUGGUAGACUUUACAGAACUUGAAAUAAACGAUCCGACUUGGUUC